UAUUAAAUUCUCAAAAUAAAGCAAUUUAGAUCCAAACCGGUUUCAAUAAAUAGCAUCAGAGAUUAGGACAACAGGGACAGCAUCAUGGCAGAUGAAGUGAAGCUGUUUGGAACAUGGGGAAGUCCUUUUAGGCGCAGAGUAGAGAUUGCGUUGAAACUCAAAGGUCUUCCAUACGAGUUAAAUGAAGAAGAUCUAUCGAACAAGAGUCCUCUGCUUAUGAAACACAAUCCCGUGCACAAGAAAAUCCCUGUCCUCCUUCACAAUAGAAAACCAAUUGCGGCAUCCCUAGUUAUUCUCGAGUACAUCGAUGAAACUUGGAAAGGUUAUCCUAUCUUGCCCCAGCUGUUUGGAACAUGGGGAAGUCCUUUUAGGCGCAGAGUAGAGAUUGCGUUGAAACUCAAAGGUCUUCCAUACGAAUUAAAUGAAGAAGAUUUGUCGAACAAGAGUCCUCUGCUUCUGAAAUACAAUCCCGUGCACAAGAAUAUCCCUGUCCUCCUUCACAAUAGAAAACCAAUUGCGGCGUCCCUAGUUAUUCUCGAGUACAUCGAUGAAACUUGGAAAGGUUAUCCUAUCUUGCCCCAGGUCCCUCGCGAAAGAGCCAGGGCACCCCCUGCUCCUCGCCUCCUCCGACAAUCAUCUCCAUCUCCUUCUUUGCCCCUUCUGCAAUCAUCUCCAUCGCCUCCUCGCCUCCUCGCCUCCUCACCUCCUCACUCAAAAAGCUCACCAGUAAUGUCACCCCCUCUGCAAUCAUCUCCAUCUCUCCCUUUCCCUCUUUUCCCUCAUGUGAGGUUGAGGCGAUUAGAAGCCAAGAGACAUAACCAUGCCUCUCACGAGCUCGAAGUGCCAUAGAACAAAAGAAAUCGAGAUUUGUGUUCCUUUGUCAUAGGAGCUUGAGGGAUUUGCGAACCAAUUUAUUUGGGUUUUGCAAGUUUGGUUGCUGUGAUUUUGGUUAUAAUAGUGUUGAAAUUAAAUGAUGAGAAUUGAAGUUGCAAUUUUAGUUAUAAUAGAGGAAACCCAGAUCUGGGUUUGUUGUCUUCAAAGGUGCUUGAGUUCUGCUCCUCGUCUUUUCUCUUUCCCGAGUUCUGUUCACAAAUUGAAUUUAUGAGUUUUAUUUUUAUUUUUAUUUUUAUUAUUAUGUUGUUUUCUUGGUCGCAUUUGAUUAUGGAUUGAAAUAUGCUUGUGCGUUUAAUGCGAAAUUCCAGUUUGUUUCAUUAUCGAGAAUUUCGAUUUGCAUUUUAGUGUUGUGAAAAGAUUACUGCAAAUGGGAUUUGAACUAAAUUUGUUUUUCUUGC